AGUAUAAAUUAAUGCAAUUAUGACAUUUCUAAAUUACUUUGUUUGUGAACCGAAUCACGGAUAAAACGAAAUGGGAUACAUGAAAUUACAAUAAACAGCCAUGUAUAUUACUAACGUCAUAGACAGUGCGUUGAACACGAAGUAAAAUACGACAUAAAAAACAUAACAGCUGAAUUUUUUUUGAACCGGUUCUUUGAAACGAACUGUUCAAACGAACCGAUUCGCGGGAAUGAGUCACAUCGAGACACAUCGGGUUUAUGUUGCUUAGCAACUCGGACUGCCUCAGCGUGAAAACUCCUGCCUCUGACAUAAAUCUACCUUUACAUAUCUAAAGUUCACAAUGCUGGAUGCUGCUUUAAGUUCAUACGGAGCCCAGGUUGUGCUGGCUACAUCAAGCGAUGAGAAUCAUCCGCCGGAGAACAUUAUCGACGGAAAAACAGAGACGUUCUGGAUUUCAACUGGCAUGUUUCCACAAGAGUUUAUCAUCCGCUUUCCAGAUAACAUGAAACUAUUCACUGUCUCCAUUCACAGCUACAACAUUAAAAGGCUGAGAAUAGAAAAGGGCAUUUCAGACGAUGCUGAUAAAUUUGAAGCGGUUGCAGAUACAGAGUUUGAGCACACAGAGAACAGCCUACAGGCUAAUGAUAUUUCUGUGAAUGUAUCAAAUACAACACAUUUGCGGUUCCUCAUAUUGUCUGGAUAUGACCAUUUUGUCUCUGUACACAAAGUUAGUGUUCAAUCAUGAGAUGAUCUCCAUCUGUUAUGUCCUUUUGUAAACUCACAUGAACUUAGAUUUUUUAAUUAAUCAAAUUGGAUCAUUGUAUUGGAUUGUGUAUUUUUCAACAAAUAAACCUUUUCCUAAUU